UAGCAGGGGAAGACAUUGGGUGUAACACACCGGGUUACAUGUUCGCCCUAAACAUGUCCGCUUGUUUGCUUUCCUCUUCUGAGAAAUGACAGCAGCUUUUAUUUUGGAGAUAAACGACACCUUCAGCAAAGUAUGUUUUUACCAAGUAAAUUAAGCUCAUUUGUCAACUUGUUCUUUUUACUUUAGUUUGUUCUUUCGAGACGAGCUGGACUGUGGACACUUGCAGGUUGUCCUCCAGGUGAGUCCUCGGCCGCCAUGUGGCUUCCUCUGGUCCUGCGACAGUCCCUUUGUCGGCGCGCGGCUUUUUCCGCACUCCCGCCACCGACAUGCCUGAGGACCCUGCACUGCGACGCCAGAAGGCCGCUCCACUUCCUGUGGCGGAGGCUCCCGGCGCGCCUGAACGCUCACAGCCGGGGACUCAAGAGCCGUAAGAGGCCGAGCCAGGAGGAGCAGUGGAAGAGCAGGAACAAGACGGUGCUCACGUACGUGGCCGCCGCCGGCGUGGGCAUGGUUGGCCUGGCGUACGCCGCCGUGCCGCUCUACAGGCUCUACUGCCAGGCGACAGGACUGGGUGGCGUGGCGGUGGCAGGCCAUGACACGGACCUGGUGGAGACCAUGGAGCCGGUGACGGAGCGCGUCAUCAAAGUGGCCUUCAAUGCCGACACGCACGCCAGCAUCCAGUGGAACUUCCGGCCGCAGCAGACGGAGAUCUUUGUGGUCCCGGGGGAGACGGCCCUGGCCUUCUACCGAGCUAAGAACCCCACGGACAAGCCCAUCAUUGGCAUCUCCACCUACAACGUGGUGCCCUUCGAUGCAGGACAGUACUUCAACAAGAUCCAGUGUUUCUGCUUCGAAGAGCAGCGCCUGAACCCUCACGAGGAGGUGGACAUGCCCGUCUUCUUCUACAUCGACCCGGAGUUUGACAUGGACCCCAAGAUGGCGCGGGUGGACACCAUCACGCUGUCCUACACUUUCUUCGAGGCCAAGCAGGGUCAGAGGCUGCCUCUGCCCGGCCACAACAUCUACAGCUGACUGCUUCCUGCAGGACUAUUUCUUCAAAUAAGAUGGAUGAUAUUAGAAGUGGAAGUGCAGGAGCUGCCAACUAAAUAAUAUGUCAUCACUGUGAUGCUACCAGACUUUAAGACUCCAUUGUUGUGUGUCCGGGUCAACAAUCCCAGCUCAUCAUACUCGAUGAGUGGAACACUUUCCUCAUUAAAUUAUCAUCAAUUAGUACUUUUUGAAUUUAGUAGUGUUUCUCACCUUCUUUAUCAAAGUGCUGGUUAUAGCUAACAACAUUUAAUGUGGCGCACUGCUGGCACGCUUUUAUCCAUAAAUACAUGUAGACAAGCCACGCCCCUUUUAGCCUGAGCUAGCACAGGCUAGCAGGGUAUUACUUUGUGGUCGACCACAUAUGCGUUUCAUUUUUAAAUAAUUUACUAAAUUAUUCAAUAAUUGUUUAAUUUUAUGUCAGCGUUUCAUGACUUUAUUUUAUCUGUAAAAGCCGACCAUCCAAGUUAGUUUGAAAAGUCCUAACACGUCAUUGGUUACACAGCACUUAAGUAAAUAAGAUAGUUAAAUACAUUUAUACUGUAUGUAUAAAAGUUGUCAUGAAAUAAUUAAUGGCACAUCUAUGUCUGUC